GUACACCCAUCUGUUGUCCAUCUUGUCGAUUCACAUGAGAUCCUAUCACCUCGUCUGGCUAUCCUUCGAUUCCGUCCUCUGCAUCAGAAAACCAUUACUAUCAUUAACUGCUACUCUCCAGCGUCAGCAGCUGAUGACUCGGAACUUGAUGCUUUUUAUGAGGAUUUGGAGGAAGUCGUCCACAAAGAGAAGUCCUUCUAUAAAUUCGUCGUGGGUGACUUCAACGCGAAAUGUCAGAAGAAGGGGAGCAUAGGAUCGGGAGAUUUGGAACAGGACUCCGGAAUGAGAUGGCAACCGUCUUGUUGGGCUCUUAUCCACCCCCGACUUUUUCAUGGCAACUCCAUCUUCAUGAAGAAGGAACACCAGCGGUGGACGUGGGAGUCACCCGACGGUACGACUCAUGAAGAGAUCGACCACAUUCUCAUCAACCGAAGGUGGUGCUUACUGGACGUCUCGGUUGUACCAUCAUUUAGCAGUGGUUCAGAUCACCGCCUCCUUCGAGCAAAAGUGUGUCCAGCCGAAAGCUGGAAAAAAGGUCUGCCACCGUGCUAGAA